AUGAUUAGCAAACUGCUUUAUUUUUUGACAGAAAAGUUAUAUUCGGAUUAGUAAUAAGGUUAGAAUAGAAAUGAGUAAAUUCCAUAUCAGCCUAUUAGUUUUAAGUAGCUAGCAAACUAAUUAGAAAAGGAAAAGUUUUUAAGGAUUCUAGAUAAUUUAGUAGACUUAAAUAAUAAUAUGAACAAAAUAUUAUUAGCUCAACAUAAAAUAAAAGAUACUUAAUAUUCUGUCAGAAUUAUUUCUCUUUUUGAUGGAUCAGAUUAGAUUUCUUCUUAGAUGUUAGAAAUAGCCAUAAAUGAAGCAGAUUUCUUAAAAAAUUCAAACCAUCCUAACAUAGUUUGCUAUAUUGAUUCAUUUUAAAUAGAUUUUUACUAUUUCAUAGUUAUGGAGAAAUGUGAAAAAAGUCUUUAGCAAUUAGUAGAAUAACUUACUAAUACUUAAAUCUAAAUUUCAGAUGAUCUUUAUUUUAACAUAGCUUGUUAAACACUAUCAGCCAUUGAUUAUCUUCAUAAAUAGAAAUAUAGACUAGAAGAAUUAUCUCUGAAAACGAUAUUAAUUGACAGAAAUAAUAAUGUUAAGCUCUAUAACUUUAAAAAAGUAAAACAAGAUUAUAUUUCUCUGCUAAACUAAAAAGAUAAUAAUAUAACUGAAAAUACUAUUGAGCCUAAACCACAUGAUCUUGUAGAAGACUACUGUAACUUUGCGAAGAUAUUUUUGCUUUUAGUUUAGAAAGUUUAGUUUAAAAAUGAUUAUCUUUCUUCAAAAGAGAUAAAAAAAUUGGAUUGUUUAAAUUCUUUGAGAGCAAUUACUUUUCAAGGAUUAUAACUAAAUUAAAAGAAUGAAAUCUAAUUAUUUAUUGAUUUUUUAUUUCAAAAUUUGGCUUUAAAAAAUCCAGCUAUUGAUCGUCUUUCAGAGCACUUCUAAAUGCGUUCUGAGAUAUUGCAAAAAUUUUAAUAAGUACUUAUUUCUAUCUAAAGACAUUAAAGAAUAGAAUUUUUUUAAAUAAUUCUAGAGUAAUAUAUGGAUAACUAUAAUUAAGGCUUAACAUAUUUAAAUUAAGGCAAUUUAGAUAGUUCGCUUAAGUGUUUUUAGGAAUGUAGAACACUUUUUAGAUAAUAUAAAUCUAAAAUUGUAAAUAUAGGAGAUAAUUAAUUGUAAAUUGGUAUUGAAGAUUAAAUAGAAGAAUGUAUGAAGAUAUAUUCAUUAAUUUAUAAUAUUGCUUUUAUCAAAUAUUAAUAAGGCAAGAUAAAUAAGGCAAUUAAAUUAUUUAAUGAAAGCUUAAAUCUAAAUCCUUAAAAUAUUAAAUGCUAUCAUUCUUUAGCUUUCUUAUAUUAAAAAUUAGGCAUGCUAGAAGAAGCUAUUUAAUUACUUUAGAAAUCAUUAACUUUAAAACCAAUAUCUGCUACAUCCUUAAUGUUAUUAGGGAUUACUUUUCAUUAAAAAGGAAUGAUAGGUUAGGCUAUUAGAUCAUUUAAAAAAUGUUUGAAAUUAGAUCCAAAUAAGUAAAUUUGUUAUAUUCACCUAGGAAAAGUAUUCCAUGAUAAAGGCUUUUUUGAUGAAGCAAUCGAAUUAUACUAGAAAGGUCUAAAAUUAAAUAGUAAUAGUAAAGAUAAAGAAAUAUUUUAUUAUAGUUUAGGUAUGGCUUUUCUUGAUAAAGGUUAUAUAAAUAGUAUGAUCAAAAUAUUUAGGCUCCAUGUUUAAUCAAGUGAAAAUAACGCUAAUUUCUACAAUAAUUUAGGAAACUAUUAUCAUUAAAAAUGCAAAUAUGUUGAUGCAAUAAAAUUCUAUCAGAUAUGCUAAAAAUAUUAGCCAAAACAUCAAAUUUGCAAACAAAACAUUGAAAUUGCUAAAGCAAAAAUAAAUAAAUUACCAAAAAUUUGA